AAAAUUACCAAACUUAAACAAUUAUAAGUUGUCAGUAAUUUGUUGGUUAUUGUAAUCUUUUCGUUUUCUCUUUUAUUACCAAAAUUGGGAAUUCUUUCCAAGUACCCCCGGGAACCCCCUAAGUAGGCUACCCCCUAGGGUACACAUAUUACAGACAGUACCCCUGUUUGGGAAUUACCAGCUCUGAGAUUUAACCGCUGCUGAACCCCAGGCACCACCCAAUUAACAAAUAAUUCAAGCAGUGUCAAAGUAUGCCGGUAUUUGAACAUAGAUCUAUAUAGACUCUCUAGUGGGCGAUACGAAAUGACGUCAUUGUUGAUACAGUAGACGUCACGCUCCGUGGGUUGAUAAAGCAUUACGUCUUGUAUGUGCGUGAGAGCGAGAGGGGGAGAGAGAGAGAGAGAGGUGAGGCCGCGCAUGCGCAGCCGCUAUUAAUCCUGACAGCCGAUCCAGUGCAGCAUUCCCGUUUCCAAACGCACAGGAGCGCCGCUUUUUCCAUCGCGCUGCCCCAUCCAGACAUUUACGCCGGUGGGAACACGCUGUUAAAAAACAAGCCCUCAAACAUGUCUGUGGGUAAUGACUUUGGAAACCCUUUAAGGAAAUUCAAACUCGUCUUUCUUGGAGAGCAAAGCGUGGGGAAGACUUCCCUGAUCACACGCUUCAUGUACGACAGCUUUGACAACACGUAUCAGGCGACAAUUGGAAUCGACUUCCUGUCAAAAACCAUGUAUUUGGAGGACAGAACGGUUCGGUUGCAGUUGUGGGACACGGCAGGCCAGGAACGUUUCAGGAGCCUCAUUCCGAGCUAUAUAAGAGACUCAACCGUAGCUGUGGUGGUGUAUGACAUCACAAAUGUGAAUUCAUUCCAGCAAACUUCCAAAUGGAUCGAUGAUGUGAGAACAGAGAGAGGAAGUGAUGUCAUCAUCAUGCUGGUGGGCAAUAAAACAGAUUUGGCAGAUAAGAGGUGAGUUGUCUCACUCUCAAUCU